AAAACUUAACCAACUUUUUCACUUACUCUUCGAUCGCCUACCUCGAGACCAACUGAACAUCGCCUCGUUAAAUCAACCUGACAAAAAUGGCGCCCGUAGUCCCCUCCAAGCGACGCUCCCUCCGCGCCAAACUCGCCGCCCGCAGCGGCCCCUCGCCCUACGCGCCGCGCCGGGCGCCGCGCCCCGACGCCGCCGAGACCAGCGACGCGUUCGCCAACUCGAAGAAGGACAAGCGGCUCGUCAAGCACGCCUCCUUCGUGUCGCGGAUCGAGAAGGCCUCAUCCUCCAAAGAAAAAAAGCUAAAACGAAGACGUCCAGGAAAGAAGUUGGUAACGAAUCUUGAUGCGCUGGCCGACGCGCUGCCGGAUCUGAUGGCGGAUGGAGAGACGGAGGAGGGGCUGAGACAGAUGAGAGAGGGGAGGGUUAGGCAUAGGAGUUUGAAGGGCGGGAGGGGCGCGAUGAAGAGGAAGGAACGCGUGGUUAAGGGUGAGGUUAGGAGGUUUGGGGUUAGUUUGGCGAGGCUGAAUGCUGUUCAGGAGGAAGGGGCGAAAGGUGUGGAUGGGGAGAGGAGCGCGGAUGCUGGGGAGAGCGGCGAGAGCCAAGGUGCGCCGGCGGUGGCGCCUACGUCGACUACGCAGCGUUGGGCUGCGCUGCGAGGCUUCAUUUCGUCGACUAUGGAGCAGAAUCCUGCGUUUAUUGGGAAGCAGGAUGGGAAAUGAAGACGGGUGACCUACGAAAAUUACAGAAUAAGUCAUCAAGUCAUCUGGAUCAUUUCAGACGAAAAAAAUUCUUACGUUAUCAGAAAUCAGAGGCUCGAAGGGAAAGCCCCUAACUACCUACAUAGCCUCUGGCUGCGGCGGGCUGGUAUACCAUUAUGCUUUCUGUGGCAAAUCGGUCUAGUCAAACAGUGUCUCAUAGUCCAGAACUACCUAUCUAUGAGGAACUAUACGUUGAGAGACUAUAGUCUAUCAAGGGCUACGCAGCAAGAUAUUUUGGCAAGGCUGGCAGGGCUGGAGAAAAUAUGCACCAAGCCCAGAGAGCUAUAGUACGAGCCGCAUGCUUGGGGCACAGUCAUAUCUC